AUGGCUUCCCGAAUAUCACGGGCUGUAUCGCCCUGCCUUCGUCAAUUUCGCAGGGAAUCCCAAUGUACCCAAACGACGUUGAGCACGGCAUUUCGUAGCAUCUCGACGUCGCCCAAUUGCUCUGCUGCUGUGAGCGACAUCCGAAAGCCAAUCGAUCAAGCACCUGCGACCAAACCCCCGAGCGCUCGUCCUGUCGAGACAAGAAAGAGCCAGUUGAUCCGAACCUACACCUCACUACUCCGAACGACACCCCUGAUCUUGUUCUUUCAGCACAGUAACUUAACAGCCGUCGAGUGGGCGGCGGUGCGACGAGAGUUAAAGAAGGCUCUCUCUUCAGUGCCUCAGCCGAAUUCAAUUCCAGGGAAAGAGUCUAUUGACAUUACCCCGUUGGUUCAGUUGCAGGUGGUGCGGACCAAUAUGCUACGCGUGGCCCUUAAACUCGUUGAAUUCUACGACCCUGGGGCUGCCGCUGCAUCCGAUAAGACGACGCGAACAGCUCGAGGUCCCCUUGUCCACGAUCUGUCCGCAGCCGCUUAUGAUGCUAUCAAGAACGCCGAAGUGCCUGAAGACUCCAACUACGCUCAGAUUGAACCAGUGAUGGUUGGUCCUCUGGCUGCUUUAGUUCUUCCAGCGGUAUCUCCAGCUCACGUUUCUGCGGCCUUGAGUGUUCUGGCACCUGUUCCGGGUAAAUUCCCUGCUCCUUCGAGGAAGAAGAACCCCGGGUAUCACGAUCCUACUUGUCAAAGCGGCCUUGCGAAGCUGCUUCUUGUUGGUGGCCGUGUGGAAGGCAAGAUCUUUGAUCAGUCCGGCAUCAACUGGGUUGGUGGUAUCGAGGGUGGUUUGGAUGGACUGCGUGCCCAAUUGGUGGCUAUGCUCCAAGGUGCAGGCUUAGGUAUCACCAGCACACUGGAGGGUGGAAGUCGAAGCUUGUGGUUAGCCCUGGAGGGUCGAAAAGGUCAACUGGAAGACGAGGCCAAGGGCGACCAAAAGAAUGGAGAUCAAAACUAG